CGCGUCACGACCAUUCCACACGGAAGCGCACUCCCUCCCUCUCUUGCUUCCUCCCACUCACUCUCCUUUGACCCUUCUCAGCCCCCAACCAAAAUGCCCACCAUCGCAGUCUACGGCGCGACGGCGUACACCUCGCGCGAGCACCUGCUGCCCUACCUGAUCAACCACGCCGACUCGGCGAGUUACACCCUCAUCCUGGCAGGCAGAAGCAAGGCCAAGCUCGACGCGCUCAACGAGUCCCUCGGCAAGGCGGGCGCCGACCGCCGCUCGGUGGUCGCCACGACGCUCGAGGACGCGGCGGGCGUCGCGGCGCUCGUUGGCAAGAGCGAUAUCGUUAUCAACUUUGCUGGCCCGUACCAGCUGUACAACGCCCCCGCGCUCAUCGACGCGUGCGUUACCGCCGGCAAGCACUACCUCGACCUCACGGGCGAGAGCCAUUACGUCGCCAACCAGGUCGUGCCCAAGUUUGACUUUGCGGCGGCCAAGUCUGGCUCGGUCGUGAUCCCCAUGAGCGGGUUCGACUGUAUUCCUGGCGACCUCGUCAUCUACCACGGCCUCCGGACCCUCCAGAACAAGCUCGGCAAGGGCGUGGCCUUUGCCGAGUCGACAAACUUCUACGAGAUCGGGGGCGGUAUCUCGGGCGGCACGCUCGCGUCCGUCUCGGCUGCUGCCGAGGCCGAGGAGAAGACGGACAUCAGCGACGAGUGGAUCCUGACUGGGGCCUCCGUUACCGGCCCCACGCCGCGCCCGCAGCUCGUCUACACGCCGCCGGCCAAGGUGCCCAACGUGCCCUCGUACGGCGCCUUCUUCGUCGGCUACAUUGUCAACCGCACCGCGAUCCGCAGGUCAUGGUACCUGUCGCGCAUGACGCACCCGGGCCCAGCGCACGCCGACAACGUGCCGAACGGUGUCGCGCCGAGCGCCGACUUCGGCUUUGAGCCCCGCCACGGCGACCACACCGUGUUCAAGGAGUCGCUUGCGGGUUUCGGCAAGGUGCGCUUCUCCAACUCGAUCACGGCAGCCCUCGUCUCGCUCAGCUUCUUCGUCUUCGCGGGCCUCUACAUGGGCCUCAAGUUCGUGCGCGACCUCCUCAAGCCGUACAUCCCCCCACCGGGAACCGGACCCACCAAGGAGGUGUGCGAGAAGGGCUUCACCAAGAUCACCAACGUCAGCGUCUCGGACGGCGACAAGCCCGUCGCCGUCGUCUCGCGCUACGACGGCAAGGGCGACCCGGGCUACUACCACACUGCGCGCGUGCUCGCCGAGAGUGCCCUGUCCCUCGUCCUGCCGGCCCCCAAGGGCACUGCCCUUCCUCCGCUUGCGCACGUCGGUGGCGUGCUCACCGGCCCCUCGGCCCUCGGCAUGGUGCUCGUCGAGCGCAUGCGCAUCCACGGCGUCGCGACCAUCACCUCGGAGAUUGUCGAGGUCGGUGCCGCCGAGUCCAAGAAGGACAUCUAAGGCCUUCACCACCCCUCUAGUAAUCACGCGGGUGCGGCCCGCCCUCUUCUCUUCUUUCUUCCCUCUAAAACUCUGAGACUUGUCUACGCUAGCUUACACUAGAAUGAUG